GCCUCACAAACACCUUCCCAUGGUGUAGGCCGCUGCGCGGGAAGGUGGGAGGGCCAGCCGUCGAGUCGCGGAGCGCCAGCGAGCCGUGUGGCCUCCUCUCGCCUCCUUACGCCUUCCCUAGGCAAGCAAUGGAGGAAGCGGCGGCGCUGAGCCGCUCCGUCUGCUCCGGAGGUUUCUGGCGGCGCAUCUCCGGCCCGGAGGAGAAGCGGGUGAUGGAACUGAUGAGCUAUGGGUUGAUGGGCUCCAUGGCGGCGGCGGUGGUGCUGGCCAAAUACAUCCAGUUGCCUUACGGGCGCUACACCUCGCUCUCUUUCGGCCGGCCAGUACCAGCCAAGCUGGCCUGGGCGGUGCAGGAAGCGCCUGCUUUCCUCGUCCCCUUGAUACUCGUCCUCUGCAGCGACGGUGCUCGCCUCAGCUUCUGGCCCAACCGAACCCUCUUGGCGCUUUUCUUCAUUCACUACACGUACAGGUCAUUCAUCUUUCCUUUCUUAAUUCGUGGAGGAAAACCAACCCCAGCCUUUACAUUUUUGCUAGCCUUUAUCUUCUGUUUGUAUAACGGAUACCUGCAGGGCAGGAGUUUGAGUAACUAUGCAGAAUACUCUUCAGACUGGCUAACAGUUCUGCGCUUCAUUCUAGGUUUUACAGGGUGGCUAAGUGGCCUGCUGAUUCAUGUGCACUCUGAUAAUAUUUUGAGGAAUCUUAGAAAACCAGGGGAGACUGGCUAUAAAAUACCAAGAGGAGGAAUGUUUGAAUACGUGUCUGGAGCCAACUUCUUUGGAGAAAUUCUUGAAUGGUGUGGAUUUGCUGUUGCCUGCUGUACCUUAGAAAGUACAGCUUUUGCUACCAGUACAUUUCUGAUAUUAGGAAGAAGGGCAUAUUCACAUCAUCACACUAGUCCAGCACCUGCACGGCCUCACCUCACUCAGAAGACAACAUGAGAUAGAAGUGGAUUUCAUCAACAUACUGUUUACACCUAAAUCCAUAUCCCCUGAUGACCUCCCACAUUGGCUUCAUAAAGAUGUUAAAGGGCAUGGAGGACAAGAAAGAACCCCGUGGGACACCACAACAUAAAUGUCAUGAGGUUGAGAAGAAGUCUGCUAUUGCUACUUUCUGGAAUUGAUCCUACAGGUAGGAGUGUAACCACCAUAUCACAGUGCUUCCAACACCCAUCCCACAGAAUCUUAUAUAUUAAGCAGGGGUGUAGUUAUCUGGGGUCUUGGGGAGUCUUAGACCCUUUACUUUUUUGGGAGCAGAGUUCCAGCCAGGGCCCUAUGUCUCCAGUGUCCUGCGAGCCAAUCAGUAUGGAAGGGGAAUAUGCUAGCUACUGAGAAGAAUCUUCUAAUAUAAUUCCUUGUCUUUUUUGUUGAUUGCAGCCAAUGAGAGUGAAAGGAGGUGAGUCAGCCACUGAGAAGACACUUCUCAGGAGCUAACACACUCCCCUUUCAUGCUGAUUGGCUCCUAGGGACGUUGUGAGACAAGGCUUGCACAGGAACUGAGGAGUGUGGAGAUGACAACAGAGAGCAAGCAAGCAAACGGGGCAUGGCAUGGCAUGACUCAUGAAGGGACUCUGCACUUUUGAAUUUGCUACUACACUACUGCUAGUAAAAUACCAUGGUCGGUAAUAUCAAUGGCUGUCCAAAGAUCCAGGAGAAUCAACAGGGAUGAAUUCCCCGUCAUGACAAAAGUCAUCCAUCAGGAUAGCGAAGGCCAUUUCAGUGUCAGACUUAGCCCUGAGGCAGACUGAUAUUUUAUUAUCAUCGUUCCAUGAGAGAAGAAAGGUGGGAUAUAAAUGUAAGAAAAUAAAAAUAAACAUAAUUAUUUAUUACAUUUAAAAAUUAUCCUUCUACCAAGGUUCCCAGAGUAGUGAACAAACAUUACAAUAAAUUACAACAUAGAGGUGUAAAACAGGGGCAGGCAAUGUGGUGCCCUCUAGAUGUUUUGGACUAAAAUUCCCAACCAUCCUAGCCAGCAUGGCCAAUGGUCAGGAAUGUUGGGAAUUGUAGUCUACAUCAUCUGGACACCACGUGGGCUACCCCGGUUUAACAAAUCAGCCAUCCUCCAAGUGUUCCUGAAGCUGCCCACUCACCACACUUAUAAGCACUUUGCCCAAAAAGGGAUAUUUGUGACUUGUUUCAUUUUACAUUGGUUGUGUUUAUUGUUAAAAGACAAAUUUCCAUGAGUCCAACUGCAGUAAUGGCAUUGUGAGUGUACGUUUACGGUUGUAGUCAGUUACUUUAAUAUUGGAUUAAAGGGUAUCUAAACCAUAAAUGUUUUGGACAUCUAUUGCCAUACUGGCUUUGCUGGAAGAUUGCAGAAAAUAAACAAAGUAGAGGAAACUAAAGAGAUUUAACUGGAGGAUAAUGGAGGCUCUAAUAUCAAAACAAUUAAUGACUGAUUCCUAGCUAUUGGUCAUAAAUUUGUAGACAGUAUAUAUGAUCCCUUUUAAGUCCUGUUACACUUAAAGAUGGUAGGUAACUUCUUUGGUAGAACUUUCACAAAGCAACACACUGACGGGGGAGGAGAGAGAGAUGGCUACAGCUUCCACACAGUAGCUAUUUUACCUGGAAUUAACAUUCACCCAGUUGUUGCAGAGAAUUCAGAUUUUGUUGCUAUUGAACUCCAAUAUUUUCUGUGUUGUCUUUUAAAGACCUGGUUUAUGGUGAUUUUCCUUACUUGCAACACAAUUGAAUUCCCAGUGUGGACUGGCAAAGCACUGUUGAUGCACCUGUCAGGAUAUGUGGUCCAUGACACUUUGGUGGUGCCUUUGAUGACCGCAUGGCUUCUGCAUUUCUAAAGCACAACUGUGCUAACAAAAUUAAAAAGCAAAUGAAUACAUAAAUAGCGGGAUUCCUCUGGCUGUAGAGAGAAUAGUUACAGGACUGGUUGCUGACAGGGAACAGCUAAUGGAAUGGCCUUUAAAAAAAAAAGUGGCCAUGGCUGCGAGAAAAAUGAUUGAUUCGAAGGCUGAUUUCAACAAGAAAGCUUUGCUGAUUGAAAAUUGGGGUUAUUUCCCAUAAACAUGGUCUUGCCAGUGAGGAAGGGCUGUCUGGGAUUUUUAUCAACUAUAUUAUACCAUAUGGAACCACAGUUAUAAUGCCACUUCCAGCUGAUUGUGGAACAGCAAUGUCUCAGCAGUAUUAAGGGCCCUGGUGUGGUAACAACCUCAGUAACCUAUGAACCAGUACCUGCAGCCAAUUCUAAUAUUCCCCUCCACCCCGGCAAAUGCUGUUCUUACAAAAGCCUUAUUUUUAUUUAUUUAUUUAUUUAACAAACUUUAUAUACCACUUGAAUGUAAAGACCUCUAAGCAAUUCAGAAAAAACAUUAAAAUUAUCACUAAAACAGUUUAAAACAAGUAAUUAAAACACAUGUAAAACAAUUAAAGCAGCUACUAACUAAAAGAAAUUUAAACAGAUCAACAUGUAUGUGUUUGGGAAGGCUUGCCUAAACAGGGAAAAAUUAAGUAGGCACUGAAAGGAAUACAGCAAAGGGACCUGCCUGAUGGCAAUAGGCAGGGAGUUCCAAAGAGUGGGUGCUGCCCCUGGAGCAGAUUUGGGGGGUGUUGGGGAUGCAUGGGAGAGGAGAAGGAGAACAGAAAGUGUUAUGGCACUCACACACUGUUAGGCUCACCCAAUGCCCUGUUUUUAAAGCAAAGUAAAACACAAAACCAAAUAGCCAAUUAUUUCGUACUGAGUUUUUAUAUUUAUUUAUUUAUUUGAUUUAUAUUCCACCCUUCCUCCCAGCAGGAGCCCAGGGCGGAGAAGCUAGCAUACUGUCAGACACAACAAAAGCUCUAAGAAUAUUUGAUGCAUCAUUUACUAUCUGCUAGGAAUAUCUAAUGGAUAUACAAUAUGAAUGAUUUGGCUAUGUUCAUUGAACUGUUCACACAGAGCGCUUCAGGAUGGGGCUUAAUAUGCAAUCUCAAAUGGGCUGUUGACAACAGAUUUUUAAAAUUUAUUUAGUGGAUUUUCCUCAUAAAGCAAAAAUCUGGAUUAAAUGGGGAAAAAUUCAGGCUGGCAUUUUGAUGACACCAAUGUUGUGGAGAUGCUGGAGGACCCACAAUAAACAUUCAUCUGGAAGCACUGACACUCAUUAAUUUACUUGCCUGAAUGUUGAUCUAGAUUUUAUGCUAAUAUACAAUACUGAUUUAAAAACAACAAUAGGUGUAUGAUAAAGGAACAACAUUGCUAUUGCAAUUUAAUUUUUUAAACUCUUUUUGCAAAUGUAAUUAUAGAUUAGAAGUUUUGUGUGGAUAUAAAGCUGAAGCUUCAAGUCACUUUUUUUCCAAAUACCUCUUAUUAAUAGAAAUACACAGCUGGUAUUCAGCCUUGCAUUUGUGGUGAAAAGCAUUCCCCCAGUAUCAGAGACUUGCUGUUGCACUGUUGCGUAAAAGGGCUCUGAGCCUUAAAAAGAAUAGUAGAACUAAAUUGUAUCCUGAUCUGUUCUAGCACUCAGGGCUUCUACAUCCUGCAGCACUCCUUGCCUUUCCUAGCUGCAGGGCCAGUGACAAAGGGCGGCCAGGUUGGGCCCUGGCCAAGGGCCCCUGCAGCCCAGAGGGGCCACUUGUUAGGGUGGAAUAGUAGCGCUCCCCUUCCGCGAUCACAGGGAUGGAGCUUCCAGGCCCCCCACCUGUUCGCUUAUUCCACAUACCUAUCUCCUGUCUUCUGCUGCUACACAUGCUGGGCUGCAAUCAACCAAGAUGGUGGCGGAGGUUUCUUUAAGGGGCUGUUGCCCCUACCGCCAUCUUGGUUGAUGGCAGAAAUGUCCAUGCACAUUAGGGUUGCCAGGUUCAUGGCCUGAGACUGAUCCUGUAUCUUUAGGAGAAGAGAAAGCCAAGU